GAAUCAUUCGAGCUGCGACACCCCGAGAGAGAGAGAGAGCAUCCCCAAGCAACGUGAAAUCAUGUCUCCCAACAUUGCAUCUGAAAAUGCCGAGUACUCUCCAAGAAUGACCGUUGCAAAAAGAAAAGAAGCGACUGAACUGAGAAAGACUCUCAAGCCCUUGAUGGAGAAACGCAGACGCGCCCGCAUCAACGAGAGUCUCAACCAGUUGAAAACUCUGAUUCUCCCACUGAUCGGAAAAGAUAAUUCCCGAUAUUCCAAACUGGAAAAAGCUGACAUUUUGGAAAUGACAGUUCGGUUCCUGAAAGAUGUACCCAGCACCCCUGUUCAGAGUGCAUCUGAUAGCUUCAGAGAAGGAUACAAAGCCUGUCUUCAACACGUCUCCAGUAUAUUGCCCAACACCAAUCUGCUGGACAAAGAAACGUCCCAGCGCGUAAACGAAUACAUCCAGAGUUUUAUGGCAUCGCCUGCAAACCCUCCGAGCUGCCAGAACUGCGAUGGGCAAAGCCCCCGCUCCAGACCUCAGAGAAGUGAAAGCGUGGUGUGCCUGAACCCAACCGCAAGAGGAUCGAGGACCGAGCCCUCUUCAGACCUCAACGGUCACCGCAUCAACCGAGUCCAGCCCGUCCCACAGCUCCACAGCGUCCCUAUGUGGAGGCCUUGGUAGAAAACAAAAAGGACUGAACAUUUGUAAAAUAUUUAUAUAUGUAAAAA